AUGCGGGGGGGGGGGGGUCAAGGGGCUAGUACAGCAUCUUCACACUCAAUUGCUUUCUCCUCUUUCCGAACUGAGGGCUGGUACCACCUCCACUCUGGUGUGGACUCAAGCUCUGUCCCCCUGAGCAGCACCUCAGUACCCUUGGAUGAAGAGGACAGUGUUCACAGCAGGCCAAGGAGCUCUUGCUCUGCUUGAGGAGGACCCUGUGUGGAGAUUGUCUACUAGAAACUGCAGGAGCUUCAGUGAUCCCAUGGAGAGUGGGACUUCCUUCCGCUGGAGAUGGGGAUAUGACCACAGAGGGGAUCUGAGGGGCUAAUCUGGUAUUUUUACAUCUCUUCCACGGGAGGAGAGGCCACAACAGUAGAAGAAAAGACAAGAAAGUAAUGGAGAUCAUAAAAAGUGUGCCUUGUUCAGCUGCCUUGCAGAGUAAGUGAGUCAAAGGAGAAAACCUGUGUUCAUCUCCACAAAUAAGCUACUCACCACUUUUACUCAGAAUGCAGCGCCUAUGGUGAUAAAACCAGGUGCUGUUCACUGACACCAUAAAAGAGUGUUGAAACCACAGCACAACGCGUCUCAGAUCAUAUAUGCACCAGUUUUAAGGACUGGCAACUGGCACUGGCAACACGUUAAACCACAAUCCAUGGUGAGAAAAUGAGGACAUCUUACAUAACUCUGAAAAUAUGUCACUUCUCCAUGCGGAAUCCAUUGGAACCUAACGUUCAGGAUCCGACAAGGCUGAAGCUGGAAAUGGUAGCUUUGAGACUUCCGACUUGAGACAUGGAGGGGAUGGAUCCAGUUUUGGACCCCAUGGCUAACAGCUCAACACAGAAUUACACAGGUCUCUGGGGACACACUACUCCAAAAAUGCACCUGGUGUCUUUGCAUGGUGCACAGUUCCACCUAAAAGACUUGGUAGGGAUUUUCUUCAUGGUGAGCCUGAACAUUGUGGCCCUCCUUGCCAACACUGCAGUGAUGGUGGUUAUAAUAAAAGCGCCGCACCUGAGAAAAUUUGCUUUUGUUGGCCAUCUGUGCUUGGUAGACUUGCUCUGUGCUGUUCUCCUGAUGCCCCUGGGCAUCGUGUCCAGCUCUCCCUUCUUCCGCUCUGUGGUCUUCACUGUGUUGGAGUGCCAGGUCUACAUUUGCCUCAACGUGUUCCUUGUCUGUGCCUCCAUCCUCACCAUCACCGCUAUCAGCAUCGAGAGGUACUACUACAUUGUUCACCCUAUGAGGUACGAGGUAAAAAUGACACUCAACCUAGCUGUCACAGUGAUAGUCUUCAUCUGGUUCAAGUCUAUCAUCCUGGCUCUAGUUACAUUGCUUGGAUGGCCAGUUUACAGGGGCCACAGCACCAGCGGAACUGCCUACUGCUUCCUGCACUGGAGUCAGAGCAAUAACAGAAAAGUGUUUGCUAUCAUCUUCACUGUGCUGUGCUUCUGCCUUCCAGCCCUAGUGAUCUUCACUGUUUACUGUAAUGUCUAUAAAGUAGCCCGUGUUGCAGCCCGCCAGCACGGAUCCCUGCCCACCUGGGCAACCAACCCGAAGCGACGCUCAGACUCUAUCAACAGCCAGACCACCAUCAUCACCACACGCAGUGUCCCCCAGAGGAUCUCGAGAGACAGGAUCUUUGGAGGAGGCAAAGCAGCAUUCACCCUCAUUGUCAUUGUGGGCCAGUUCCUGGUCUGCUGGCUGCCUUACUUCUCUUUCCACUUGCACCUGUCCCUCAGGGCAUCACUCCAGAACCUCGGGGACAUGGGGGUGGCUAUUACCUGGCUGGCUUAUUCCUCCUUUGCGGUCAACCCCUUCUUCUACGGCCUCUUGAAUCGACAGAUCCGUGAAGAACUUCUUAAGCUGCGGAGGUGCUUCAGCACACGGCCAGUAGAGCUGGCAGCUUCGAGCCAUGAUGGCUCAGCCCAGGAGAACUUCCUCCAUUUCCUGCAGAGGACUAGCUGCACCAUGGAGACCCGCUCGAGCUGUGUUAUCUCCAGCCCUCGGCUCACGCUAGAUCAAACUAUGCAGAACUUCAGAAUCCCAGGGCAGAUCCCUGAAGACUUCAGCUGAAGGUUUAUAUUACUUUGCAUUAUUUUAUUCUAGACUGUUUGCCUUAUUAGGAGAAUCUCAAGUUGGUUCAUUAAGAUGUUAUGCUGAAAAUCAGAACUCUGCACUCAGACUUCAUCUCAAAACAUCAUUAUUUUACAAAACUCUAUAAACAGCACCAUGCUUCUGCAAAAGUAAAAAUUUUAUUGCACAAUAAUAAUAAUAAUAAUAAUAAUAAUAAUAAUAAUAAUAAUAAUAAUAAUAAUAAUAACCAGCCAAUGCCAUUUACCUGGCUUAGGCAGCCCACAGUUUUAUGCUUCACUUGUUUCAAUGGUUGCAUAAACUAUACACAGUUCAGGUUAAAUAUCUUACAUUAGACUACAAUAGAAGACUGUGAGGAAGGCAGCAGGUGGCAAGCAAAUCUGUCUGCUUUUGUGUACCAUGAAUAAGAUACAUGCCAUCUCUUAGAAUAAUAGUAGUCACACUGUAGAGAAACAGUUCAUAGGUUGACGUUUUUCCACUAAGAAGCAUUUUGGAGAUGAUUGUUUUUUGUAGAUCUUACUUGUGGAGGCUUUAGCCCGCUGAGGUGCUCAGUUUCUAGUGUAUUGCAGUCUUCAGAACUCUGUCUACUGCCUGCACUGUCCAUCAUUUAUAUUUGUAUAUAAAAAUAUGGCUUUUUGUGUAGCUCAUUACAUGAUAUUACAUUACUUACAUUACUUGUGUUAUCAUUUAAAAUCAGUUCUAAAGCACUCUGAGUGCUGUUGGUAGUUCACAUGAGAUUUUGUAGUGGAUGUACAGUCUGUUUCAGCAUGGACUUGUAUGGUACUAUACCCUAAGAUUAUAGUUCUAUGGAAGAUAAUUUUUAAAAUUGUUACAUAACAGAGACUUUGAGAAAGUUGGGAAAAACUAAAGUAUCCUGAAAACUUAACAUAUUAUUGUAGGGUACGUUAAGGCAUCUGUUGCUAUCUCAUUUUAAUAGUACAAUAUUUGUAUAAACAAAAAAGACAAAUAUUUUCUU